UCGCCACAAGUAGUACGGUCCGGGCCGUGAGUCGCGUGAGAAGGCUUUUCUUAUCGCAAAACCUGCCGUAACCGCGCUCUUGGGAAAGCUUCGACCCUGUAGAGUAGACGAAUUGAAAUUGAGAAACUUUUUUGGGGUGCCUUCCGGCGGUUGGAAAAGUUCGAUGAAGUGAAAGUGAUUCCGUUCACGGUGCUUGGAAGUUAAGUGUCGUAAAAAGCAUCUGAUUGUCUACUUUGCAACCAUACUCAUCAAUCCGUUUGCCUUUGUGGUCGCACACGUCAAUACUAACAACAGCAGCAGCUGUUGUUGCCCCAGUCCCUUCCCCUAAGCCAGCUUCGUCCGAUUCUUUACCCGUCGUGUGACCGAAUGCCUUAUUAUGCCUUCCGGUGCCAAUAAGAAGUCCCCCGCUGGUGGUGGUGGAAAGGGAAGCAAACACCAGCAGCAGGACAAGCAGCAGAAAAGUAACGACAAAGCAGCUGCGACGACAACCACCGCCACAACCGGAGAUGCGGACGCCAAUUCCGGCUUUCAGGAGUACAUGCGCUCACCGCAAGCGAUCGAAAUGAUGAAACUAUUUGUGGUUGCCAACACGCUUGUGAUGUUCUUUACCAUGGCGUGGCCGCAGAUGAAGCACUCGUACGAGAUAAUUCGGUCCAUGAUCUACGGCGAUGAUGACGAUGAGUUCUAACCGCCCAAAAAGUCAGACAAAUUUCUAAACCAAUUCAUAAUGUUACUGCUAGCGUUCAAGAGCCUUUUCUUCCUCGGGGCACUUUUUGCCUACAGCACCGGAGUUUGGCGAUUGAUCAACGACUACUUCCGA